GGUGAAGUGGCGUGAUGCUGACGCUAAAAUAACAACCCGCCAACGGCCGUCGGCAAAGGUGGUGAGGGACGACUGCAACACAUCAUCUGCUGCUCAGCGCCAGCUCCUGCAGCCCCGCGCCGGCCCAAGCAGCUCCUCGUCGGCCCCAGCAGCUCCGCGUCGGCCGUCGGCCCUGGUGUCACCGAGCGCACGUGGGGCCGACCUGUAGCUCAACGGGGGAGAGCUUUCAGCCAGCUGACGGUGCCAGUGACACGAUCCUUCGGCCGCUGGAAGCUUCGGUCGCGGUCCGUCGAACCUGAAAUUAUCCGUCGACACGCGCCUGGACCGACGCUGGUGGGCGGCAGUUCGGGGAACGACUCGUAACGGCCCGCCGCGCUCUGAUGGACUCGCCCUCGUCGUGAUGGACUCGCCCGCGUCGCGAUAAGCUGCUCGUGUGCUGAAGACCAUCGCUCACCGAAAACGGCGUCCAGACAGAGUCGUUCGAUAAGUCGACGGUCGAUCAAGCCGUUCUACGCUCGGGCUAAUCGAACGAGUCACGGGAGUCGAUGCUGAAUGGCAUUUCAUCGGCUGGGAUCGGAUCCGCCAUGUGUGUUUUAAUCAGUGAUCGGUUCUAGGAACCGGAGUGGCGGCCGAGCAGCGUCCAGUGACCUCAGGUGAUGCCGUGACCCAGGUCCAGGUCGAGCAUGCGCUGGCUUAGCGGCGUGACACUGCCAAGCAGGCGCUCAACCUGGACAGGGGCGUGAAUGUUUCCUCAACUCAGCUCAUCUCCAUACUCGAGACGGUUAAGUGACCAUCGCAUUGCCGGGUAGCAUCAUCUACAGCAAACCGAUGUUGUUGCCCCUCCCCUCUUACUGACGCCAGGCUCCGUCCCAUCCCAGAGUUGUGAUUACCACAUUACAUACCCCCAUCACAGCCUCACGUCACAGCCCCAUCAUUGCAUCACAGCCCUCCCCAGCACAACAUCACAUCACACCUCCCCUCCCUUGCAAUCAUGUCGAGCCUGGUCCAGUGUCCGUGCCGUCCGGUGCCUGGCCAAGACCUGGCGCCCGAGUACCGGCGGUGGCGGCGCGUGCACGGCCUCCAGCUGCCGCUGCACGGCCAACAGCUGGCCGGCUGGCUCCUGCUGCUGGCCAGCGCGCUGUACCUGGCCGGCGUGCUGCUGCCGGCGCUCUGCCCACCGCUGCGGAUGCCCGUCUGCCUGCUGGCCGCGCUGCUGCUGCUCGCGCACGCUUUGACGCACAUCGGUGCCACGCUGCUCGAUCCGGCCGACGCCGACCUGCGCGCGCAGCGCGCCCGCCAGCCGGUGCCGGAGUUCGACCGCGAGCGGCACGCGCACGUCAUCGAGAACGGCCGCUGCCACCUGUGUAACGUCACCAUCGCCUCGCAGCGUACCAAGCACUGCUCGGCGUGCAACAAGUGCGUCGACCGUUUCGACCACCACUGCAAGUGGCUCAACCACUGCGUCGGUCGGCGCAACUACAGCUGGUUCUUGGCGUGCGUGGCGAGCGCGGCGCUCCUCUCGCUGCUCCCGGUGGGCCGCGCCGCGUUUGUGGCGGGUGCGGCGACGUUCGCCGCGCUGGCGCUGGUGUGUGCGCUACUGCUGCUGCACCUGCUCGGCUUCCACGCGUUUCUCGUGGCGCGCGGCGCCACCACGUACGAGUACAUCCGCAGUCAUCACGCCGCUGGGCAGAAGGCCGUGCCGGGCGGCGGCGGGGAUGUUGGCGUCGUGAGCGUCUCGGCGCUCGUGGCGGCGCCUCGUGCUGACGGCGCCCUGCCCGUCCUGGCGCCCAUCAGGGAGCGAAGAAGUGACGCCACGUCGGCGGCGCGGCUGACGCACGCUCUUGACACACUACAGCGGUACAACGACACGUGUACGGAACUGCCCGACUCGGACAGUGAAGGGCGGUCACUCGACCUAACCGUCGACAACGCGGCGGCGGGCGACGAGGAUGUCGGUCUGCGCGGUCGCUUCCGCGUGACACCGGUCACGGAGUUUCGCGCGACUGCGGCACCGGCGCCGCCAGGCUCUCCGCGCAUCACGCGCACCGUCUGCGCCCGACCGUCUCCGGCCGAGUCACCGCCGGGCACGGCGGCCAGCCUGUACAGCGGCGCCGAAUCGCCGCCGCCGCUCUCGCCGAUCCGCGAGGAGCCGCGGCGCGGCAAGCGCGUCACGUUCGUCGAAGUGACGCAGGUGCGUCGCGUCGAGUGCCUUUCUGAUGCAGAGGGCGCCGGCUUGCAGCGGGAGCGCGUGUGCGACGAAACGCGACCGCUGUCGGCGCAGCAGCCCGUCGCCAAAGACUGCCUUCCCAGCUUCCGUGCGCGACGGCAGAGCCAUCUGGCGGCGCCCCGAUCAGAGGCCACCGACAUGAAGUCUGAGCCCGAUGCGGUGGACGCCUCCUUCCAAAUCGGGACAGAUGCUUUGGAUGUUAACGAAAGCUUGUCUGUGGAGGAGGCGGUUGCUGGCUGUCCGAUUCGGAACGGGUUCUUUUCUGAAAACAUCCAACUUUCCAUCCCCAGCCAGCCACCCUACCGGAGUUGGCUGGAGCUGUCAGACGCCUGA